UAGUCAGUUCCUCAGUUGGUAUAACUCGAGCAGUGCGGUGCGCCGGCGCAGAUUUACUCACGAGCGAUCGAUCGCGGUGCACAGGUUAACCAACAGUUGGUGUUGUGGUUUAAAAACAAAAAAGUUGUCUUGUUAAUUUUUCUGUUGGGAUUUCUAGAAGCAGAAUGUGGCGGUUUAUUCUAGUAUUAGGGCUUGUCGCUGCAGCAGGAAGCAUCCGAGUGCCAGUGGACGACGACGACAAUGUGAAGGCUCUGAGCGAGAAGACUGAGCGGCAGCCCGAGGCGCCGGUCUACUACACGUCAGACGAGGCAAAGGUGGACAGCUACCUGGUGCCCCCCAACACGCACGCAGAAGCGGAAGAGGUCACGGGCCAGGACGUGCCGGCCACGUACCUCGUGCCGCCGCGACCGGACGCCGGCAGCGACUUCAUCUCGCAUGAGGUUGAGGCAGAGCAGCAGUCUGAUUGGACGCCGAUACUGAAGACUCCCGCCGGCCCACCGGUCGCAAGACCUGUGCCGUUGAGGCAAUUAAAGCUUAUCCCGCGCGUGUCAGACUCGGGCCGAGCUCCUAAAUCAGUUCCAGUGUUGAUUCCCCUACCGGCCAGCCGCUUGCUGCCGCCUCAGAUACAAGUGGGCGACUUCCCGCCUUCAGCAGACCAGCAGCUGCCAGAACUUUCCCCCAAAAUCCCGUUCAGAGUACAAGUCCCAUCCAGCGAGCUCGAACUGCCGUACCUUCGAUCCUCAGAAGAAUCUUUCGCGAACAGCCCGGACGAUACUGACUCGACGCCUGAAAAGCCCCGGCUAACUCUGCAUCUGUUGCCGCCGAAGUCGCAGUACAAGCAACCGAAGACGCCAACCAAGAAGUUUUAUCCCAAGAAAUUCUUAGGUGAAUUUAAGCCGGUGCCCAUCCCGAUCUCACAGUACAUGGAAGUUCCAAAUGGCAGACCGCCGAAGCAAUUUAAACCGACGGCUGAAGUACCGAAAAACUAUUUUCCUGUGAACGAAGAGAAACCGUCGACUGAAGAUGAUACGGUAGAUGAGCCUCAGAGUACAUCUACAGAGAACACGAACAGCUCCGAGCAAGAAGCCUCCGAGACCAACUUCAGACAUCCAGGACGCAACAGUUACCCCGCGCCCCUGCGCCAGGCGCCGCCCCCCGCGCCCCGCGGAGCCCCCCCCGCGCCCAAGGAGAGGACGGAGUUCCGCAUGCACGGGAUGAACGGACCGCACAGCUACCAGUUCGGAUAUGACACUGGGAAGGGGAAGAACCGUCAGUUCCGUUUCGAGGAGCGUGACAACGACGGGCGAGUGAAGGGGCACUACGGCUACAUGGACCGCGGGGGGAAGCUGCGCGUCGUCAACUACAACGCAGACCCUGACACCGGCUUCCAUGCUGAGGCACCCAAGGAAGAAGAGUAGGCAGGGAUUGACGAUAUAAUGGGAGAGAUAGGGGAAUAGGGAAGUUAUUCUGUCAUCCCUAGAAUAUUCUCCCUAUUAUGGUGGACUCUGGGAAGCGUAUGUCCGAGAAUUUAUACCCUACCCUUCUAGGUCCCUAAAUAGAAUGCUAAUUUAUUAGAGUUAGAUAAAUGCUCGGACAUACGUUUUUCAGAAUCUAGUAACAGAUCGAAAUAGGCUUCAUUUUGGCUAAAUUAGACGAAGGAGUUUCAACUAAGGCUGACCUUAAAUCUGUUGCUGCUUUGAUUUGAAAGUACAGGGAUAGAAAGAGCUAGACAUAGAUUUAAGGUCUACACUACAUUAGUUUACAUUAGUUCCUUCGUGUAAUAUUCUGAAAUAGAUAUUCAAACUACAACUUAGAGUUGUAAAAAGUAAAAUUACUGAGUUGUACCACUGGAGCGUUUGUUAAAUUUUCAUGGAUAUUACGAGUAUUUUUCUGUGUUUUAUGGCUCUAAAAACCUCCAUUAGAAGAGCUCGAAUUUAGGCAUAAAAAGUGUUCGUUGUUCGAGACAAUGUUACCGAAUAGGCAUUAAAAGGAAAAAUAAAUGGACCAAAUUGUUGGCCCGCUUCUUUCGACGACUGAUUUCUUCAUAACAUCGAAAUAGCGAUCCACUUGUCUUCCGCCUAUUGCGUACUUUUUUUGCAUUAAAAAUAAUGAUACCUGGUUAUACCUAAGAAGGAUGUUAAUGCAUCAUAUGGGUAGGUACUCUAGCUACUUGCUAUAUUUUUUUUCGGGAACUAUAAUAAUGUUUAUGUUAUGUUAAUCAUAUAUAAUGUUUUUUUUUGUAACAAAAAUAACCUCGAACGGCUAUAAACCGUUUAAUUUUUACUUCAGCAUUUGCGGCAUUAAUAAAACUAUGGUCAAUUGUACAGUUUACAUAUUUUACAUUCUGAUUGGCUCGUCUGUGCUGGUAAUGUCGCCUGCACACUGUGUUCAGAGCUAGAUUUCCCUCGAGGCUCGGAUUGUCAUAUUUUGCAUUUCAUCUAAUUUGCUUUGUGACCAACUGUUAU